CCCACUCUCCAAAAUUCCUGAUUCGUAAUCUCUCUCUACAAAAAACGCGCACUCUCAUUUUAUAUAUAUCUAGAUACGCGCUUGUGUGUAUAUAUAGGUGUAUCGAUCUCUGUAGCAGUCUGUUACUGUGUAUACAAAUUUGCAGGGAGGAUCGACGCUAAAGAAAUUGAUCGGAGCUGUUCGGAUCGCGAUCAGGAGUGAAAGUGCUUUAGGACCAUUCCAGCUGCUAGGUACAUUUUUUCCAAUCAUAAGAUAAGAUGGCUUCGAUAGCUGUUGAUUAUUCUGGAUCUCCACAUUUUGAGCGAAAACCCCAACAAACUAUAUUCACUGAGAAAAACAACUUUGAGGCCGGGGACUCAGACUCGCAGCAGUUCCAUGAAGGGUGCAUUCCUGCUAAGGACUUGAUUUGUCGGGAAAAAGUUAGUAACACGGAAAUUCACAAUAAAGGAUACUUGGAAUAUGGGUGUUCCCAUUAUCGUCGAAGGUGCCGCAUCAAGGCACCGUGUUGCAACGAGAUUUUUGAUUGUCGUCACUGUCAUAAUGAAGCAAAGAACAAUAUUUGCAUUGACCAAAAGUUCAGACAUGAUGUCCCUCGCCACCAAGUACAGAAGAUCAUAUGUUCACUUUGUGACACUGAGCAAGAGGUUCGACAAUUUUGCAUUAAUUGUGGUGUAUGCAUGGCUAGAUAUUUCUGUGGAAUCUGCAAGCUGUUUGAUGAUGAUAUCUCAAAAGGACAGUUUCACUGCAGUGGGUGUGGCAUAUGCAGGGUUGGAGGGUCUGAGAAUUUCUUCCAUUGUGAUAAUUGUGGAUGUUGCUACUCGAUCCUUCUGAAAAACAGCCACCCCUGUGUGGAGAGAGCAAUGCAUCAUGACUGCCCUGUAUGCUUUGAGUACCUUUUUGAGUCGAUGAACGAUGUAACUGCUAUGCCAUGCGGCCAUACCAUUCACCAGAAAUGCUUGGAGGAAAUGCAGGAACACUACCAAUAUGUUUGCCCUCUCUGCUCCAAAUCAGUUUGUGAUAUGUCAAAGGUGUGGGAGAAGUUUGACCUGGAGAUUGCAGCUACACCCAUGCCAGAAUCUUACCAGAACAAAAUGGUUUGGAUUCUCUGCAACGAUUGUGGAGCCAAUUCAGAAGUGAAAUAUCAUGUUGUGGCCCAGAAAUGUCCUAAUUGCAAGUCGUACAACACCCGUCAAACCAGAGGCAAUAGCAUAUAGGGAUAUAUUCACUCUUUAGUGCAAUGAAAGCAAUCGCUUUUGCUGGAAGCACUUUGGGUUCUCUCUCCUUUUGUUAACUUUGUGUCGUAGCUUUUCAAAGUUGUUAUUCUUUUAUUGAAUUUCAUCUAUGCGUGCUAAUGAUUCAGAAGUAGAAUAAGUUCGUUACUUUUGUCUCCUUUUCUUUAAAAUUCUUAUGUUCUUGUACUCAUUUUUGAGCAAAUAUUUACAUAAUAAAUAUUUACUCAUAAAUUUAAAUUU